CUUUCUUUCUUUUCUCUUUGAUCGGGACAGGAAACAAAGGUUGAUUCUCUUUCUACAGAUACAAAGCCUCCAAUCCCACCACCACCACCACCGUCUUCCUUUUCCAAAACCCCAAACUCCAAACCCAACAAAAAUUCAACAAUGAUGUCGACCUCUCCGAAUCCAGACGCCUCUGUUUUUGCAAGCAUAAUGGAACUUCACUUCAAAGAGCUCGAUCUCAUCCCGGACCAGAUUCUCCUCAACAAAGAAAAAAUGCUUCCCAUACUGGAAAACUGCUUGUCACACUCUUGCCUUGAAGAGGGUCUUGCAGAACAAAUUGCUGUCGAUAAAAGCAAUUCAGCCCAUCGGUUCAUCAAAAUUGUGCAUCGCUACCUGCAUGAAGCUGGCAAGGAGAAACAAGCUGAAAAGUACCAGCAAAAGGUGAGCACUGCAUCUCGGGUCGAACAGUUGGAGUCCAUCAAGAUCUGGAAUUUCUUUACUCCGCCACCCCAUGUGUUCAAGGUAAUGGAAGAUAUGGGAUUAGGCUCAAAUCCUUCGAGUUUCUUCGGGCCUCCAGCACCAACUGAGGUUUUUCCCAUUCCGGCCCCGGGCUGGAGGCCCGGCCAGGCUACUGCCAACGAAUGAGGCUGACAUUGUUCCUGAGACCGAGGACAGCCCUUCAACAACCGUGGAGCCUAACCCUGUUGGACUAGUUCUUCACGUUGGUGAGGUUACAGACCGGUCUAUGAUGGAUGCUGCAGCUGAAGAUGAGAAGAAGAAGGGGGUGAUGGAAGUGGAGUCUCCUCUGACUAAGACUAAGCAUCACCCAGUUAUCCUGUUUUCUUUCUUUUUACUUUGAAGACUACAAUCAUCCUGGUUUUGCUCUUGCAAUGAUUCGAUAUAUUCUUGCAGUAUGUAUUGGGAUCUUGGUUAUGAGCCAUGGCUUCCUGCAAUCCUUUUGCAUAUGUACUUGCUGCACGGGAUAUGCAACCUUGUUUAUGUUUGGACAUCUUUUUAACAUUGGUUGAUCCUGUUAUGAACGCUGCUUUGAUAUAAACUGACUACCCGCUACUUGCACAAUUGCACUCUGUUUGGUACCUAAGAAUGCAAUAUAAAUUUCAGUGAGAACCAAGAUUCACUAUAAAUUCUAGGAAGCAUGAUAAGCCCCAAACUACUGCAUGUACCCCAUGUAUAGUCAUCGGCUGCUUGAUUCAUGAAGUCCUUGAGUGUUAUUGAUUUCUGCAUUCGAACAUGG